CUCUUUCUCACCUAUCCCGAGAUUUGUAUCAUUUCCUGUUCGGAGUCCGAUGUUAACCACCCUGUGCGUUUUACGAGUCUGUAACGAGCUUUUUAGUUGUUGUUUAGGUUAACCUAAUCGUUUCAUGGCAUACGUUGUCGAAAUCUAACUUCAUUGUGCCAGUUGUUAUGGAUUCCGUUUUAUGAUUGCCGAAGAGAAAAGGAUAACUAUGAAUUUGCUCCAUGUUAUCGGACAUGUUUUCUCGCUAAUGGCUGUAGUAUCAUCUCUUCGGUUAAUGGAAUGGCCACCACUAAAUUGUACUCAAGAGGGUCUGAGCUGCAGUGCAAAUAUCAGCGGCUGCUCCAGCCCGGAGUGGGAGAGGCCCAGGUACCGCACCCCCACAGCCCCGCGGGACCCACAGGUGCAGGUGUCUAUGAGGAGAGACCAGGGAGGGGACCUGGUGCCCGUGCUCUCCGCAAAAUGGAGUGCCAGGAUGGACGGAAGCAUAUUCGCCCUUCAAGGAACCAAAGUGCUCAUACUGAAGGAGUCCAGUAACCAAAGCAUCUGCAUUUAUUAUGUUUUUCACCAUAAAAUAAAGCAAAUGCACAACCCUCAGAGUGAGGCGUGGUCAUUUUCAGUGGAUGGAGUUGUAGUGGAGCCUGGACAGACAUACUUGGUUUCCAUCUCUAACCUGCCAGUACCCGAUAAAGGGCAUAACAAGAUCGACAAAACCUUCACCGUCCCAGAGUGCAGUGACCCUAAGAUACAGGAAACAAGAGUUUGCCAGGAGAGAGGGAGCCUGUGGGAACCAAACAUCACCUGGAAUGUGUCCCCUGCACGAGCAGAGAUCAGCGUCAGGUUUAACAGCGGCCAUUUCUCAGAGAAAUACAUUGUGGCCAUCCAUUGUCCGGACUUCAAAGACUCGCACACGAUAUCGCAGAAAAACGAGACGUCACUGAACGUGACAUUUGCAAUGGGUCGAUGGCCUAAGACUUGCUGCAGUUUUGAUGUUGUGAUCCAGCCCUGUGUUAUUGGGUGCAGUGGCAGCUGUGCACACCGGGUUAGAUUUAAGACGUGCAUCUAUGACCUGGGACACAGCAGUGGACGUGCUCUCAUUGUUUUGUUCCUGGGCCUUCUCUUUGGCUGUGGGUGUUUUGCACUUUGUAUAAAGACAUUGAGAGGUGUGCGAAAACCCUACCCUCCAGAUUCCGGGAUGGACCCGCCGGCCACGCCCAUACCUGCCUCUCCACAGGAGUCUGUGCAGGUGAGCAGCCCGAGGAAGGUUCUGCUGAUCUACUCUCUGGACCACCCUCUGUACAGAGACGUGGUUCUGAAGCUGUGUGCCUUCCUGCGGGCUCGCUGUGGCACCGAGGUGGUUCUGGACCUGCUGGACUCGGCCUGGCUCAGCGCAGUGGGCCGCAUGCAGUGGUUGGACUGGCAGAAGCAGCAGAUCGAGAAAUCGUCCCAAAAGAUCCUGGUCCUCUGCUCACGAGGCGUCCGGGCCAAGUGGGGGGCCAUGUGUGGGGGGGGGCGCGUGCAGCUGAGGGAGGACCUGCGUUCCCCCAUGGGGGACAUGCUCACCCCCGCCCUCAGCCUCAUCAUCCCAGACUUCGUGCACAGCAGCUCCUUUCAGAAGUACAUGGUGGCGUACUUUGAGGACUUGAGCAGCGAAGAUGAUGUCCCGGCACCGUUCAACAUCAGCAUCAAGUACAAACUGAUGAAGCACUUUGAGGAACUCUACUUCAGAAUCCUGGACCAGGAGAAACACCAGCCCGGCAGGGUGAAGCGUAUCGAGGGAAUAGCACAAGACGAAUAUUUCAACUGCCCCUCGGGCAGAGCCUUGAGGGACGCCAUUGAGGCCUUGCAGGCUCACCAGCUGGAGAAUCCAGACUGGUUUGAAAAGGAGUGUGUGGGCAGUGAGGAAGAGGUGGCACAAUCUGAGCUGGAGCACCCUCUUCUUGCAGACGUGUGCAGGAACCCCGUACUCCAGUGCGUGCCAGAGAUCACCGAGGGGCCUCCCAUCCUGCUCAACGAGGUGGAGUUCAGUGAGGAGCCCAGAGGCGUCCAGGCGCUGGUUCCCCUGGUGCGCCCGGGAGGGAGUGUGUCCACGCAGCAGGUCCAUGCUGGUGCUGGGCUCAGGGGCAGCCCGCUCUGCUGCUCCCGCCCGGCUGUGGGGGGGGGGCCGGAGGUGCUGCAGUGGAGCCCCCGCCCUUGGCUGAGCGAAGGCGAGCCGCGUGCAAACGAGGCGCUGCUGCAGGAGCCACCAGCGCCGAUGAGGAACACGUGUCACUUCCUGGGGGGGGCAGCUGCGCAGAGCGACCCUGUGGAGAGCCAGGAGGGGGCGCUGAGCCCCCUCUCCCCAGCCCUGCUGAGGGAGCUGGAGGGCCUGCAGGCCUCCAGCCUGGUUGGGGAUGUGGCCCCCGUCCCCCGCGUGGACCAGAGGAACAGGCCCCAAAGCGCCUCAGACCAGGGCUACAUCUCCAGGUCCUCCCACCCCCUGGCGUCCCACCCCCUGGCCCCCACGGGCGGGGCAAAGCCCCAGGACCCACUGGCUGCUCUGGUCAGGCUCCAGGAGGCCUGUCUGCUCAGCAGCCUGGAGACCCCAGGUCCGUGACCCUGACCCUGCCCACAGCGACCCCCGGUCACGUAUCCGCUUCUAUACCUGCAUUCUGCCAAGAAAUAGCCAUUACUACAGCAAGGCACUUUACAGUUGACUUUCAUCACCUGUUACACUUGUAGUACACUUGGACCCUCAUUAUAUAAGACGCCCACUGGAUGUGUGCGUAUGACAUCAUCGUGACAUCAUAGCCCAUCACAUGGCGGACGCCACCCUAGCUCAGGAUCAUUUUGUUGCCUUUUCUCUCAGCUGUAAACAAACACUGUGUUAACCAUGAAAUUAUUAUUCCCUAAAAUAUUAUACGAUUAAAAUUGUAACUUAUCCUUUUCCAAACAUGGAAAGUAUUAUUUUUUUUGUGAAUAAUUAAAUCAUCCACACUUUACAUCCCUCUAAGUUACUGUUUGUUUGUUUGUUUGUUUUGUGAUGUUUACUAGUUAUUUGUAGUACAUACAUCUAUGUUUAGAACUGCUCCUGACAUCAGAUUAUUUUACAAUUAUUUUGUAGCUAAAUAAAAUAAUGAAAUUAAAACUGUUGAAGGUUCUUGUGCUCUAUCCAGCAGCCCUGCAGAAGGAGAGACGGUGUGAACAGUGUUUAAACAGACGGUGUUUACGGUGUAUAUAGUGAAGUGUUUGUACAGAAAGUGUUCAUUUAUUCAGAACCUUUUUCUGAAAGCUGCAGGACUUUCAUAUGGUAAUCCUCAAAAUAACGUAUUUGUGUCUAAAGACAUUUUUAUACCGAAGGGUAAUAAAUAGGCAAGGGAAUUAAACUGAAUAUGGUAAACCAAUAA